UCCAGUCCCAAGCGGUCAACAUGGAUGGCGUUCGCCCUUCAAGAGAAUUUUGAAAUCACCUUUUGGACGCGUGACAGUCCCCCCCUUGGUCAGCAGCAGUGCGCUGACUUUCAGGAAUUUGUGAGGGUCGCCGAAGGAGCGAAGGAGGAACUGCACGAGGACAAAGAGAGUGGCCUAGCGAUGCUGGUGGAGUUGCACAACCAGGGCCAGGACCGCUGUGUCCUCACCUGCACUGAGUGCAAGCAGCGGGUGAAGACAGGCUGGCACUGCCCCGGGUGCGAGGACUACGACCUUUGCAUCAACUGCUACACCACCAAGGGCCACACCCACAAGAUGGUGAAGGUGGGGCUGGGCCUGGAUGAAGAGGCAGGGGAGGGCGAUGAGGGCGGCAACCAGGGGGAGAUGCAGUUCAGGAGAAUCCGGGAGGCUCGGCGCCUGAGCAUCCUGCGCUGCAUCCAGACCCUGAGGCAUACCCGCCAGUGCCGCGACGCCAGCUGCUCUCGGACCAACUGCCACACGAUGAAGCGUGUUGUGCUGCACCCCAAGCGCUGCCAGCGCAAGGCCAAUGGAGGCUGCCCAGUGUGCAAGCAGCUAUUCGCCCUUUGCUGCUACCAUGCCAAACGCUGCCAGGAAAACCCAUGCCCCAUUCCCUUAUGCCUCAACAUCAAACAGAAGCUCCUCGAGCAGCUGCUCCGGCUCCGCCAGCAGCGGAUUGGGAACCACCUGCCGCAGGGGUAGCUCAUGUGCCAAAGGAUGCCACCAUGAACACCCGUCACGUGCCUCAGCAGUCCUCCAUCCCCUCCUUGAGCACCACCCUGGACACCCCACAGCAGCCCAACACACCCCAGACACCACAGCCUCCGACUCAGUCCCAGCCCUGGCCUGUAAGCAUGUCACUAGCCGGCUUCUUCAGCUCGGCCAGAACUUCGCCCCCAUCAGUGUCCAUGGGGAAGCCCAUUACCCUUCAGCUCCAGCCCAGCCUGCAGAACCUGAACGCCACGCCAGCCAGCAGGCCACGACCUGCUGUCCCUCCGCCGCAGCAACAAUGGGAGGCCUGAACCCCCCAGGGCCAGGCCUUGAACAUCAUGAACCCGGGGCGCAACCCCAGCGUGGCGAGAAUGAAGCACAGCACAGAGGGACGCCGCGGAGCAGCAGCAGCAGCAGCAGGAAGGCAGCACUGGCAUGGCUGCAGGCCUGGCAGGACACGCCCAGUUCCAGCAGCCUCGGGGACGCCGAUGCCUCCCGCAGCCAUGUAGCAGCAGCAGGUCCAGCAGCAGAGUGGGUCCCAGGCCAGCCAAACCCUGUUAGGACCUAACAGUGAGGCAUAUUUUGUACCUUUCCCGUGCCCUCAGUUUCUCCCCUGCACUCAGUACUUUCUGUUGUCCCCACUGGAGGCUCCUGUCCUCUCUGCUGUUUUCCUGUUAUUCUCCUUUCAGGUGUCACAGGAGACAACUAAACAGCUGAGAAAAGCAGCUCUAGACCCAGCUUCCUGCAGCCGCCUGCACCUCCAUCCGACCCACCCAGAGACAUAAAUAUCCCGCCCUCCCUACUCUUGCUUGCUGAGAUGGAUAUGCUGGUGUGUAUUAAUAAUACCAUUUCUAGCCCUGACCGGCUUGGCUCAGUGGACAGAGUGUCAGCCUGCACACUGUAGGGUCCCAGGUUCAAUUCUGGUCAGUAGCAUAAACCUUGGUUGCAGGCCCAUC